CGAGUGUGUGUGCGCCGGGCGGGCGGGCACUGCAGCUUCUUCCUCUGUGGAGCGGAGGGCGAGAGAGAGCUAGAGCGAGCGAGAGAGCGGAGAAGGCGGGCAGAGGGGCGCGGGCGAGGCGGCGCAGCCAUCCCCGGGCCCGGCGCGGCGCCGCCACCAUGCUCAACAACCUGACUGACUGCGAGGACGGCGAUGGGGGAGCCAACCCCGGUGAUGGCAACCCCAAGGAGAGCAGCCCCUUCAUCAACAGCACCGACACGGAGAAGGGAAAGGAGUACGAUGGCAAGAACAUGGCCCUGUUUGAGGAGGAGAUGGACACCAGCCCCAUGGUGUCUUCCCUGCUCAGUGGCCUGGCCAACUACACCAACCUGCCCCAGGGAAGCAGGGAGCAUGAAGAGGCAGAAAACAAUGAGGGUGGAAAAAAGAAGCCAGUGCAGGCACCACGAAUGGGCACCUUCAUGGGCGUGUACUUACCGUGCCUGCAGAACAUCUUUGGUGUCAUCCUCUUUCUGCGACUCACUUGGGUCGUGGGCAUCGCAGGCAUCAUGGAGUCCUUUUGUAUGGUCUUCAUCUGCUGCUCCUGUACGAUGCUCACCGCCAUCUCCAUGAGUGCAAUUGCAACUAAUGGUGUUGUACCCGCUGGUGGCUCCUACUACAUGAUUUCCAGGUCUCUGGGCCCAGAGUUUGGGGGCGCCGUGGGCCUCUGCUUCUACCUGGGCACUACCUUUGCUGGGGCCAUGUACAUCCUGGGCACCAUCGAGAUCCUGCUGGCUUACCUCUUCCCAGCUAUGGCCAUCUUUAAGGCAGAAGAUGCCAGCGGGGAGGCCUCAGCCAUGCUGAACAAUAUGCGUGUGUAUGGCACCUGUGUGCUCACCUGCAUGGCCACCGUGGUAUUUGUGGGUGUCAAGUAUGUCAACAAGUUUGCCCUUGUCUUCCUGGGUUGUGUCAUCCUCUCCAUCCUGGCCAUCUAUGCUGGGGUCAUCAAAUCUGCCUUUGACCCACCCAGUUUCCCGAUCUGCCUCCUGGGGAACCGCACACUGUCUCGCCACGGCUUUGAUGUCUGUGCCAAGCUGGCUUGGGAUGGAAAUGAGACAGUGACCACAAAGCUCUGGGGCCUUUUCUGUUCCUCUCGCUUUCUCAAUGCUACCUGUGAUGAGUACUUCACCCGAAACAAUGUCACGGAGAUCCAGGGCAUUCCUGGCGCUGCCAGUGGCCUCAUCAAAGAGAACCUCUGGAGCACCUACCUGACCAAAGGAGUGAUUGUGGAGAAGCAUGGGAUGCCCUCGGUGGGCCUGGCUGAGGGUGCCCUUAUCGACAUGGACCAUCCUUAUGUCUUCAGUGAUAUGACCUCCUACUUCACUCUGCUGGUUGGCAUCUACUUCCCCUCAGUCACAGGGAUCAUGGCUGGUUCUAAUCGCUCCGGGGACCUGCGGGAUGCCCAGAAGUCAAUUCCUACUGGCACCAUCCUGGCCAUUGCCACCACCUCUGCUGUCUACAUCAGCUCUGUUGUUCUGUUUGGGGCCUGCAUUGAGGGGGUCGUCCUACGGGACAAGUUUGGUGAAGCUGUGAAUGGCAACCUGGUGGUAGGCACGCUGGCCUGGCCAUCCCCUUGGGUUAUUGUCAUCGGAUCCUUCUUCUCCACCUGUGGGGCUGGGCUGCAGAGCCUCACCGGGGCCCCACGCCUGCUGCAGGCCAUCUCCCGGGAUGGCAUAGUGCCCUUUCUGCAGGUCUUCGGCCACGGCAAAGCCAAUGGAGAGCCAACGUGGGCCUUGCUCCUGACCGCCUGCAUCUGCGAGAUCGGCAUCCUCAUCGCAUCUCUCGAUGAGGUCGCCCCCAUCCUCUCCAUGUUCUUCCUGAUGUGUUACAUGUUUGUGAACCUGGCCUGCGCGGUCCAGACGCUGCUGAGGACGCCCAACUGGAGGCCACGCUUUCGAUAUUACCACUGGACGCUCUCCUUCCUGGGCAUGAGCCUCUGCCUGGCCCUCAUGUUCAUCUGCUCCUGGUACUAUGCCCUGGUGGCCAUGCUCAUUGCUGGGCUCAUCUACAAGUAUAUCGAGUACCGUGGGGCAGAGAAGGAGUGGGGCGACGGGAUCCGAGGCCUGUCUCUCAGCGCUGCCCGCUAUGCGCUCUUACGUUUGGAGGAAGGGCCCCCGCACACCAAGAACUGGAGGCCACAGCUGCUGGUGUUGGUGCGUGUGGACCAAGACCAGAACGUGGUACACCCACAGCUGCUCUCGCUGACCUCCCAGCUCAAGGCGGGGAAAGGCCUGACCAUUGUGGGCUCUGUCCUGGAGGGUACCUUUCUGGACAACCAUCUGCAGGCCCAGCGGGCAGAGGAGUCCAUCCGGCGUCUGAUGGAGGCAGAGAAAGUGAAAGGCUUCUGCCAGGUAGUGAUUUCCUCCAACCUGCGGGAUGGCGUGUCCCAUCUGAUUCAGUCUGGGGGCCUCGGGGGGCUGCAGCACAACACGGUGCUCGUUGGCUGGCCCCGCAACUGGCGGCAGAAGGAAGAUCAUCAGACGUGGAGGAACUUCAUUGAGCUGGUCCGGGAAACCACGGCUGGUCACCUGGCCUUGCUGGUCACCAAGAACGUCUCCAUGUUUCCCGGGAACCCCGAGCGCUUCUCCGAGGGCAGCAUCGACGUCUGGUGGAUUGUGCACGACGGAGGCAUGCUUAUGCUGCUGCCCUUCCUGCUGCGGCACCACAAGGUCUGGCGGAAGUGCAAGAUGCGCAUCUUCACUGUGGCCCAGAUGGACGACAAUAGCAUCCAGAUGAAGAAGGACCUGACCACAUUUCUGUACCAUUUACGUAUCACCGCGGAGGUCGAGGUGGUGGAGAUGCAUGAGAGCGACAUCUCAGCUUACACCUAUGAGAAGACUUUGGUGAUGGAGCAGCGUUCCCAGAUCCUCAAACAGAUGCACUUAACCAAGAACGAGCGGGAACGGGAGAUCCAGAGUAUCACAGAUGAGUCUCGUGGCUCAAUCCGGAGAAAGAAUCCAGCCAACACUAGGCUCCGCCUCAAUGUCCCAGAAGAGACGGCUGGUGACAGUGAGGAGAAGCCAGAAGAGGAGGUGCAGCUGAUCCAUGACCAGAGUGCUCCCAGCUGCCCCAGCAGCUCACCCUCCCCGGGGGAGGAGCCUGAAGGGGAGGGGGAGGCAGAUCCUGAGAAGGUGCAUCUCACCUGGACCAAGGACAAGUCUGUGGCAGAGAAGAAUAAGGGCCCCAGUCCUGUCUCCGCCGAGGGAAUCAAGGACUUCUUCAGCAUGAAGCCGGAGUGGGAGAACUUAAACCAGUCCAACGUGAGGCGCAUGCACACGGCUGUGAGGCUGAACGAGGUCAUCGUGAAGAAAUCCCGGGAAGCCAAGCUUGUUUUGCUCAACAUGCCUGGGCCUCCCCGUAACCGAAACGGUGAUGAAAAUUACAUGGAGUUCCUCGAGGUCCUCACCGAGCACCUGGACCGGGUGAUGCUGGUCCGCGGCGGUGGCCGCGAGGUCAUCACCAUCUAUUCCUGAGAGCCAGGACCUGCCACCCGGGCCCGAGCGCGCCCGGCCCGCGGCCCCGGAGCCCUCGGCGCGCACCCCGCCGCUGUCACCGUUUACAUACAGACCCUGCGCCCGCGCCCUGGCCCCUUCCCCCGCUGCCUGCAGUCCGGAGGCCACGUCAGUUGGGGUUGGCUCGGAGGGGACCGCUCCCACGUGGAGAACGGAGCCUGGCUGGCGCGCUGCCCCGUCGCUCCGGCUGCUCUGCCCUGUUUCUAAGCCGGGCCUCUCCCCGCCGGAGGGGACGCUGCAAUAAAGGUCGGGAGCAGGUGCGGAGAGGAGCUGGGGCUUUGAGGACCCCCAGACAGUCCGGUUGGCCCCUUCUCCUCUUCCCACGCCCCGCCCCGGUCGGUCCUGCUCCGCGCUCCGCCCGCACCGCUCCUGACUCCGGGCGGGCGCGGGGUGGGGCGGCCGCGCUCGGCCUCCUCCACGGUCCCUCCUUUCGGAGCCUCGGGCGUGGGCCGGCCGAGCCUAUACAUAGUGUACAGGAGACAUCGCGUGUAUUUUUAACGUCCCCAUAUUUCCGUGACUAGAAGCGCAACGGACUUCUCGCGCCACUUUCGAGCCCCUGCUCGGGGCACCCAGGGCGGCGGAGGCUCGGGAGGCUGGGUUUUCCUGGGCGGCCAGGGUUUGAGAGCAGAAGUGCUUUAGGCCCAGGCGGGGGUCCUGGUCCUGGUCCCUCGACACUCCUGCCCCGCUCUCGCCUCCUCGUCCGUUCAGUGCGCCCUCGGCUUCCCAUCCUUCCCUCGAGUUCUUUUCGGAGAUGAGGUGAGACGAGUGUCUGGCUUUUCUUGGAUUCGCCACCCAGCGGGUGUGAGCUUCACCGCGGCUGCAGAGAUGCACGCAGCCUCGCGGGGCUCUUAUGCAAGCUGGGGGCAGGAUGGCGCGCGGGGGUAGGGCUGGGGGUGCGGUGGCGCUUCUCAGCUUCUCAGGGGGAGAAAGGGAGAGAGGACUCGCCCUACCCAGGAAGCCCGCGCCGGUGCCUUCGCUGGGGGAGUAGGCGCCUCUCCUCAGCCGGCUGCUCCCCCUACCCCAUGGCUCCUCGCCAAAGACUGAAAUCGGGGAGCUGGAGGGCGUUCCCUACCCGGAGUUUCCUUUCUGGGACUGGUGAGGGAGGAGGCCCAGCACUGCCCCUGAUGUUCCUUCCCCUAAUCCCGUUGGGCAGCUCCAGCCUCGGGGACCCAGCCACUUUCUCCGCGUCCCAGGGAGGACCCUCGCUGUUUAGCAGCAGCCUCUAGCUGCGUCUCCCAGGCACCUGGGCCUGGGGAGGGCUGGAAUCGCCAUGUGCUGGGUUCUUAGCGUCUCUCUGCCCUCCUCCCACUAGGAUCCAAGGCCUUUGGCUCCUCCAACUCCAGUCCUUGGCGCUUCUGCCCCACCAGUCCGGUCAGAGGUGCCCUCUAAUUCCUAGAGAAGGCGCAUUGGCCAGGUUCCCUUCCCCCA